GUGCGCUGUGUCACUCGGACACAGCGGAUCACCGAUCGAUGGAAAGAGACGAAGAUGUCGGUUCGGUCAUGUGAUCAGCUGUCCAAUCACAGCUGAUCUCAUGGGACAUGUACACUGAUCAUCAGGGCACUGAUGAUCAGUGUGCCCUGAUGAUCUGUGUAGCCCCAGCAGUGUCACUUGUCAGUGUCCAUCAGUGCCAGCUGUCAAUGCUUAUCCAUGCCACCUGCCAGUGCCCAUCAAUGUCACAUAUCAGUGCCCAUCUGAGCUGCCUUUCAGUGUCACCCAUCAGUGCUGCCAGUCAGUGCCACCUAACAGUGCUGCCAGUCAGUGCCACCUAACAGUGCCAUAUAUGAGUGCUGCCUUUCAGUGCCCAGUGA